ACUCAUAUGUGAUAAAGGUUGUUUUCUUGCUGUGUAUGAAACUUCAGGAUGAUGCUGGCAGUACAGAACGGAAAUGGCCACAUUCUGAGUUGCAGUGUCUCAAAAGAAAAUGAACAAACAGGAAGUUCUAAUGAACUCAUGGUGGUUUUAACAUCUAACAGCUAGAGUGGAUAUUCAUAUGAAAUAUCUGUGAUUCAUUCCUCCAAGACAAAAUACACAUUUCAGAUAUCCAAAACUUUAUUCUUCAUAGGACAAAUUAAGACAUUUUCCCAUUAGUCAUGUGUGCUUGUGUAUGUGAGUAUGUGUAUGUAAGUGUAUUUUAUUGCAGCUGAUGCAAUCAUUUCUGUAUAUGUGCAAUAUCAAACAGUAUUUUUUAUUGUAAAUGGCCAACAGGGUUCCCCGUGCACAGCCUCCUAUACGUUCUCAGGUGCCCGCGAUUGCAGGAACAUAUCAUGUAAAAAUAAUCAAUAAUCUGCAACACUCUGAAAAUAACUUAACUGAAUUUUAUUGUGAGCAAACAACGAGCGAACAAUGCAUUUUAAGAAAGCUGAAGGUGAAACGCGUUAUAGUAUAUUGUAUUGAUUUCAGUCGAUCUUUUAGGUGUAAUGAUUGGGUAGCAAAACAAAAGCAGAUUAAAUGAUGUACAUGAUUAGAAUGUCUAAAAUAGAAAGGUCAAUACACUUAAGUUGCAAAAGUGACGCAAUGUGUUAAGAAGAAUGACGCUGUGGGAAUUCAAGUCCUGCCUGUGGCUUCUUUUCCCACAUGUCAUUCCCCACACUGUCUCUCCUGUUUCCUAAUCUAUCAACUACCCCGUCGGAUAUAGACAAAAAGCAAAAAAAAUCUAUAUUAAGGAAACUGAUUGCCAUAGAAAGCCAGCGACAACAACAACCAGCUGAUACUGACUUACAAAACAGGAAGGAGUUUUAGGUGGGUUGUGAUGAAUUAAUAGCCUCAAAUAUAAAUGUUUGAGUUCUCCAGAUGGCCACGCUUUAUGUAAUUUCUCGAGGAACACUUACAUUUUGAUAUGAUUAUAAAAACAGUGGAAACAUUUCCAACAACAGAGCUACAGAUAUCAAAACAUCUUAAAUUGAGCAUGCCAAAGACAUGUAGACAUGUUGGCUGAUGCAAAGCACAUGUUUGAUAUGCAUUAAUAUAAAUUGAGUUGCAUAUAAAUGAGGUUCUGAAUGCACCAGCAACUGAAAUUGCACAAAGGGAGGAGCCCAGUCUGUGACACUUCCACACACAGAAGGACAAACAAUGAUUAACUGGCGUCUCUGAGUCAAACUUGUACUCUGCUCCCCCACAAUUCCUGGAGUCGUGGGCUGUGUGUCAUUGUGAUCGGCACACGGCUCGGAGGAGUGUGAGAUUAUCUGGUGAGUAGAGCAAUAACUUGAGAGCGAUCAGAUAGGGAAUAAGGUCAAAAGAAAACGUGUGUUUUGGUGUGUGCGUUCUCUGCAGAUGACAUGGCGACCGGCUCUCCCUCUCAGAGAAUUGGAGUUGUAGGAUACGGACAUCUGGGUCAGUUCCUGGUGGAGAGGAUCCUUAAAGACGGAGCCGCCCUCGGGCUGACUCUGGCUUUUGUCUGGAACAGAAAUUCAGAAAAACUCAAAGGUUUAGUCCCUGAUGAACUUGUACUCGGGGACCUGUCAUCCUUUGCAGACAGGUGCUGUCAUGUGAUCAUUGAGGUCUGCCAUCCACAGAUAGUCAAAGAUUUUGGACCUCACUUCCUGUCCCGGUCUCAUUUUAUGGUUGGAUCUCCCUCCGCCCUCUCUGAUCCGGAUCUGAACCAGAAGCUGCGUCAGGCGGCUCAGCAGCACGGGAACACGCUCUACGUCCCCAGUGGUGCAUUGUGGGGAGGCCAGGACAUCCAGAGGCUGAAUGAUAGCGGGGGCUUGGAGGCUCUGUUUAUCAGGAUGUCCAAGCAUCCAUCGUGCUUCCGGCUGACAGGAGACGUCCUCUCCGAGUGGACGGAGGGAGAGGGCAGACGUGUUUUAUUCAAAGGCUCGGUGGCUGAGCUGUGCCCGCUCGCUCCAAACAACGUGAACACCAUGGCGGCGGCAGCAGUGGCAGCAGGAACUCUCGGCUUCUCUGGUGUUCAGGGAGAGAUUGUGUCUGACACGGCGUUAAGUGACUAUCAUGUGGUGGAGGUGGAGGUGACCGGCCCUGGUGGCUUCUCAGUGCGCACAGUGAGGAGGAACCCAGCCCGACUCGGAGCUGUGACCGGCAGUGCAACAUACAACUCCUUCUGGAAUAGUUUACUUGUUUGCAAAGGUCACGGGGGCCAGGUUUACUUGUGCUGAGGCAGAGAUAUCUGAAGGAUCUUCAACAUCUGCAGUUAAACUCCAGAUAUAUCAGAAGGUUUACAGCGGAUGAGAUGUGCGGAUGAUCUCCCAGGACCAGUGUGUUACUGAGAACAAACGACCUUGAGUAUUUGUGUUUCAAUAAAGUGCAUGCGUACAAAGA